GCACAACAUACAAUAAAGAGUGGUAAUGCAGAGAUGGUGUAAAGAAGGCAGGACAGGAAGGAAACUAGAGAGAGCAAAGAAAUAAUAAGUUCACCUGGUUUGAGAAAAAUGACGCGAGGUUGAGUGGUGAAGGCAUUGAUUGAAGAACAUAACACAAAAAGGAAGCUGCAAGAAACUGUUUGACCUGCACGUGGCAGUCUCUAUAUAUAUGGAACGCACCUACUAUAAUCAUCCAUCAUUGUUUCCCAUAACUGUCUAAUCCCGUUUGUCUAAUAGCGUUUGUUCUGCAGUGCAAUCAUACAGGCGAAUGAUGAUGAUGUUAGUGAUGAUGAUGAUUAUGAUGAUGGUGAUGAUAAUUACGAUGAAGCAAGUCAUGUAUAUAGUCGUAUGGCCAGCCAGUAUCCAAAGCACUUCCACGCCACAUCUCCACGACGUUCAAAAGGUUCUAGUUAAUAACACGAGUUUUUUAGAAUGAUGUUAUGGCUCCAGUGACAGAUUAUCACGAUUUCUACAUUAUUACCAGGAGACACACUCUUAAGAUCCGACCAGUCAAUCAUUUAUGUAUCUGUUGAAAAUAUUCGCGAUGAGAGCGAAAAGCGUUUCACCCUCUUUGGCUUGCUUUGCGUCUUCCGCCGGAGGUAAUACUGAAGGCAGUUGUGGUGGCAAGACGCUAAGUUGCGAGUUACUGCUUAUCAUCGCAAAUCUAUCUUGGCCGCUCCUUCGCCGCCCUGCACAGUUCACAUACGCCUCUCACUAUCGGCGCAGUUCUCACUCGGCACUCAAGACGGGUGGGAGUGCUACCUGAGCCGCAUCCCUUCUCACCUUUACAAUUCAUCCCCGGUAUGACGAGCGUGCGAUCAGCGAUGGGACGCCCAAUGGAGGGGGUGGUGGUGGUGAUGGUGGUGGUGAGCAUGGCGGGGCUGAUGACCUCCGCCUCACCCCACGCGGACCUGCUCACCCUCACCCAAGACUAUUGGGACUGGAAGAUACGAGAGUUCCCUCAGUUUGCCACUAGGCUUGGUAUCAAGGAUGACCACGCAGCUCAUCUGGACACUCUGGACAUGCAACACCUGCAGGGGAGGAAGGCUAAGUGUGAGGAGUUCCUGCAGCGAGCACACGACAUCGACGCCGCCUUGCUCUCCCCGGAGGACUUGAUCACACUGAGGCUGUUCAAGGAAGAGAUGAUGACCUACGUGCUUAACUUCCCCUAUAAGAAGUACUUCACGCCCAUCUCCUUCCGGGGCGGGCCGCAGCGCUAUCUUGAGAGAUUGGUGAAGAAAUACAUCAUGCUCGAAUCUUACAGCGACUACCAGAAGCUUCUAUCAAGGUACAGGGAAUUUCCCAGGCAGGCCCAGGAGAUCCUCACACUGCUCAGGGGGAACAUUGACGACGGCAUCAUGCCCUCCAACUGGUCCAUGGGAGGCGUGGUGGACAAGCUGGACGGUCUGAUCGGCCCCAUGGAGGACUCCGUGUUCUAUAAACCGUUCGUUAACAUGUCCGACACUAUCACCGCUGAACAGAGAGCCACACUGAUGCAACAAGCGCAGGAGAGGAUCAAGCAGGACCUGAUUCCCUCCUUAAAGGAAAUUCAGGACUUCUUAGUGAACCAGUACCUCCCGGCAACCAGACCAGAAAUAGGGGCGUCAUCGCUUCCGAACGGGGAGGAAUACUACCAAGCGUGUCUCAGAUUUUUCACUAGUACUAACCUCACACCGAUGGAAAUCCACGAGCUGGGCCAUACGGAAGUGGCGAGGAUAGAGGCGGAGGUGCAGAAGACGGCUAUGGAAUUAGGGAUGGAAGGCAAAAGUUUCUCUGAGAUCAGUCAAGUCCUCAAGAAUGACCCAACACAGAAAUUUAGCAACAAGGACGACCUCCUGGAGACCUACACAAACACUAUUUACAACGACAUCUAUCCCCGGGUCCAGCAAAUGUUCCCCAACCUGCAACUUGCCAACAUCACAAUUGUCGAGGAUAACACCACAACCAGCGGUGCGUGGUACAACAGCCCCUCCAUGGACGGCAAGCGUCUCGGCUCCUUCACCCUCAGUCACCACAAAUCGAGAAUGAGGUACGAGGUGAUGGCGCUGUCCCUGCACGAGUCAGUUCCAGGCCACCACUUGUACUACAUGUACCUGCGUAAGCAUCCCUCCACCCCUAACUUCCGCAAGUACAUCGACUACACCUUCAAAGCCAAUACGCCGGCCAAGUUCCCGCUGCAUACUGUCAUCCUUGAGGGAUGGGCUCUGUACUCUGAGUUUCUUGGAGAGGAGAUGGGUCUCUACACGGACCCAUACCAGAAGAUGGGCCGCCACUCCUUCGAGUUGCUGCGCGCCAGUCGUCUGGUGGUGGACACUGGCAUGCACGCGCUGGGCUGGUCCAGGGACAUGGCUGUGGCUUUCCUCAUGAACCACACAGCGCUGUCCGAUAGCAGUAUACAGGGUCAAAUCAAUAGGUACAUCACGUGGCCGGGGCAGGCGUGUGCGUACAAGGUAGGGGAGAUCAAGAUCAAGGAGCUGAGGCAGAAGGCGCAGAACGCCCUGGGCAGUCUGUUCCGGCUGUCAGACUUCCACGACGUGCUGCUGAGCUGCGUCGGGCCGCUCAACAUCGUGGAGGAGUGUGUGGUGAGUUACAUUGAGCAGACAAACCUGAAAAUAGAGAAGCGGGGAGAGAAGGCGGAAGAGGAGGAUAGUGAAGGUGGAGACAAGGAGGAACACGAGUCCACAGACCCAAGAGAGCAAGACAUGGGCAGUGUAGGGAGUGUGGCCAGUGUGGCGGGCAGCAGUAGCAGCAGCAGCAGCAGCAGCGUGAUUGCGGUGGCGGUGUGUUGGCUAGCCCUGCUGCGCGCCGUGCACUUUAGAUAAUGCUUGCUGCCUAGUGUGCCUGCGGCGGCGACGCCCCGCUGCGCCACAAUGCCUCCUGACGCGCGAGUGUACAGCUGUACGUUGUGGCCUGUCUGUUUGUACAUUAAUACGCUCUAUGUAGCCUUUUUGUCAUGUCAUAGUCAUAUAUUGUAUAUUUCCUCUCCUCCAGAUGAUAGUGUUUAAAAAGACUGUAGUGUAGCGGUGGCAUUACCCUUUAUCAUUAUCACCGAGUGAGUCUGUAUGUCGCGCAGGGCUGGGUAGUGGCAGUAGUAGUAGUACUAGUAGUAGUAGUAGUAGUAGUAGUAGUAGUAGUAAUAGUAGUAGGAGUAGUAGUAGUAGUAAUAGAGGUACUGUAUUGGAUUUAAUAGUGAUGAUGGUGUCGGUAUCUGUGAUGACAUGUACGUACUAAAAGCUUGCAAGUAGAGUGGGUCGUGUUGUAUACAGUACAGGGACUCUGUGUCAAUCAGGGAGGCAAAUCACCAAUUCCCGUGUGAUUUCGUACAUUAAUGUUUCAAUAAUCAUAUUUCUGAUAAAAUUUCCUUUACUGGAAGAGGUUAGGUUAGGUUUGGCUAAAUUGCGUUACUGUUAAGUCAGUUUAGUCAAUAAACCAAGCAAGAUAG